AUGCGUUUGGUCAGAGAGAGUUUUUAUGGCCAAAGAGUGAAUACGAAGUAAGUAUACAGAUCAGACCGCGAUUGGUCAGCUUAUCGUCUUAGAACGCUGUACUGCCAUGCAGGAGGUUGAGGUUUCAAGCCCUGAACUUGAACUAACACUCAGAGUCUUAAAAUAUCUGAGGAGAAUGUGCUGCCUUUGCCGUGACAUUUGGAAAUGGUUAGACAUUCCAGUCUUCUCGGUUAAGGACGUUGUUGUGUUGUGUUUUGGCCCUGUUAUUGUUUAUACAUUUAAAUUAUUCCACAUAAGAAUUUUCUACAUUGAAAGAGGUGGGGCAAUAAGAGAGGAAGAAGAAGUAGAAAGAGAAUUAUAAUGCACGUGAAAAUUGAUAAAAUGACGAAUUUUUAAUGGAGUAUCACAAAUACCCAGGAAUGAAUCAGUCGUAAGUUUUUCGUGAUUCUGAUGGUAGGAGAUUUGGAUUUUGAGUGGCAGCUGCAUUAGCGACCUAAAACAUUUUACCUAAUCUUGGAACAAGCAUUUAAUAUUUUGAGAACGAAAAAUGUUUCCUUUAGCAAGAAGUACUCAGUUUCCCUUUUCUGCUCAACAGGUUUGUCAACAUCCUGACAGACUUUGCAGACGCGGAGAUUUUCCUAAUUGACGGCGACUCCUUGCUGUUAGAAAUUGUUGGUGAGAAAAGCUUGGACUGGAAUAACGGGGGACAGUUUCUGCAUCUAACAUACUUAACGGAGCGAUUUUUGCAAAAGUUCACAGAGAAAGGUUAGUGCAAAGGUAGCUGAACACUUCCAACAGGGCAGUUUUCAUAAGAAUGCACAUAUGGGUUAUCUUCACCUCAAACUCAAACUCCAUUUUGGUUUUUAUAAAAUGAAAGUAGAAUAAGCGCGGCGACUGAGUGAGAUGGUGUUGUUAAUUUUCAAAAAUUACAAUCAUAUGUUAAAGUCACCCUUCGGUUUCCUUUCGUUUUCUUUUUCACUUGCAAGGAAUUACUCGCAAAAUUUGUAGUUGCGUGAAGUUUUCGUCCUAGCGUUGGCAUGUUGUUGUUUCUCAUUGAAGGAGAUUUCUUUGCCUUCCGGAACAAACACAAACAGCCCUGUUAAAGCGCUAAAAGACGUCAUAACUGUUUUCACUAAUGAAGAUUGGAAAUGUACUCCGAUGCCGUAUGUCGUUUUUCAUGAGUUUUACGAGUGGUGUACUGAAUGGCAAAUUGAUAAAUACGAUAAAAGGGAUAACAGGUGACGUGGCCCCCCUUAAUUGGUCGCCCCAAGUUCCGUCGCCCCCAGUGAAGCACCAUCGUCCCCCAAUGAAGUUCCGUCUCUCAGAGGUAUGGUUCCUUUAUUAAACUCAAGUCAAAAGCAAAGGGCGACGAAUCUAUACUUUAGAGCGAUGGUACUUUUAUGGGGGCGACGGAACUUGGGACGAUAGGGCAAGGAGGUGCCAUCACCUACAACUGGUAAAAGGUUCUUUCUCGCUCUUUUAAUCUACUCAAAUUUUUAUCUUAUGAACGGUGGUUUUUUCUCUCAAGGUGGUGUUUUCCACAUCGUCUUUCUUAAAGAAAUGGAAAUUAUGUGGAGAAGUAACCCGUUCUUGCUGCUCGCUCGAGAAGCCCUUAUUCUUCAUCUCCAGUACAACACAGAUUUUAUUGUGAAAACUUCAAUGGUGGAUUUCUGGGGACAGGAGUGGCAUGAUUACGUUAAUGACGAAGUUCCUGCGUUUGUGCUGUUGACAGAUGCUGAAAACAUUCCUUGGAAGCAUGGCAACCUAAAAGAAACAAUGCAAUAUUUUUUCCGGUGUCUCUUGUUUCAUUGUCUUGCACAUGGAUUGAAUUGUGUGUUCAUUUCGGGCAUCCAGAUAACUGCCACCAAAGUGAUGGGAUUUUACAUCAAUUCCUCGGCUAUUCACAAAAACUACUUUACGAAGGUAAAAAUUAUUCUCACCGGAAACUAAAAAAUUAUCAAGAGGCGUAGGAUUAGACUGAUCCACUUUCACGCGAGACUAGUUUUUAAUUUAUUGCAAUUGCUUUGAUUUACCCUUAAAAGCACGAUUGGUCGCGGAAACUCACAUUUCCCAGUUAAACAAGCAGUUGCAAAACUGAAGGAAAACUUGAGAUGGCAACUGUCUUCUCCCCCACACACACGUUUGCUUGUUUCCUGUUCGUUAGGUCCUCAUGAUAUUUUACUCAGUGUGAUUGACCAUUUUGAUUAAUAUGGUUUCAGAUUUAUUAUGCUCAAUUAACGAUAAACCCUUAAGGCAGUUUUUCCCUCUCACUGCCUUCAUUUGAAAUCAGGUGCAACGUGAUUGAAAUAUGAAGAGUUGCUCUUUUCCCACACAAACAUCCCCUUUAUAGAUAAUAAAACUUACAAACGUGUUUUAUUACAUUUAUUGGUUUUUUAGUUUGAACAGCCAAUAAGGAAAACAUGGCAAUUUCUAGUGAGUGGCUGGCAGGAUCAGGCAUAUAAAUCCUCUCCGAGACGGUCGGAGACUUUUCCUCGAGAUGCUCUGGUGGGUGAUAUUCGACACAGUUCAAGCACACCAUUAAGGUUUUAUCUAAAAUAUAUUUAUAACUUAACGGUCUCUGAUGAGAUAUUCAUUUUGGAAAGUCCUCUUGCUGAAUGUUCAAUUGAUCCGAUGCCAAACAACGCAAAAUCAAUUUUCUUGUUUUUCAAAUAAUCAAAUAUUUUAUUCCAAAUUGAACGUUUGGAUCCUCUUUCAAUUUGAAGAAAUUCUGAGAAGCAUUUGUCUCUAAAUGUUAUUUCUCAUUGUGCACACAUGAUUGCAUACAGAUUUGACCAUGACCUGGUAAACGGUGAUCGGAUUUGAACUCGGAAAAAUGAAUUUCACGCAAUUGGGGGGAGGGGGGGAGAGGGGGGCGCUUAUGUAUGUAGAUGUGUGGUUCUUGAUAUUGUCGUUUGCUGGUGAUUAAUCAGUUGGUAUUGAUUUAUUUAUUUUAUUACUUUAACACGUGGACGUACCUCAGAUUGACAUAGAAGCAGAGGUUCGCAAAUCUCUUCAGCCUCCUCCACAAGGUGGCUGUCGGCAGGUUGCCGCAGUCCUUGGGUGUGCGCUGAUCCUUUUUAAAGCUGUCAAAGACUCUAGAAACACCAAGGUACGUACGGAAGGGACACAUUAAGUGCAAUUAAGAAAUUUCUUAAUCACUAUCUAUUCAAAAAUGUUACUCACGGAAUGAUACUAAAGUCUAUCUUUCCACUACGCUUACAGAAAACGAUGAAAAUUGAAGAGGACAGAAUGAAACUUUUCUUGCUUCAUAUUGUGUUACUGAACAAACUGCCAUUGAAGUGUAGAGCUCACUUCAUAGACGAGAACUUGUUGAAUGAAUUCUGCAGAGCAAAGGAUGGUAACGUCUUUCCCUUCAACGAGGUCAGUGAGGUUAAGUAACAAAUUAUCGUGCCGUGGACUCUCUCGCAAUGGACACUGUCCUAAACGGAGAUGUGCAACUUCAACUGCAUCGUUUUCCAGACAACAAUGCAUGAUAUACAUUACAGACUUUUGCAUGAAGCGACUAAACAUGGUUAGCCACCUCUUUUAUGUCCAUAUUUAUAGCUGUAACCGAGCCUCGACGAAUUAGGUAAAUCCUGAAGGUGAAGAUUUUCUAAAGAAUUCGGCAUAAAGGAGGUAGUCUAUCUCUUCCCACAGUGUAUGAGUAAGCAAGGCUUAAUUAUUAAAAUUAUUUUGAAUUUCAUGCCUCCAUUUUCGUUUUAGAAAUGCGUUCAUCUAUUCUGCGGUUUUGGCCUCGAGAGGAUUUAUGUUGAAAGGAACUUUUUUUUCAUUGUUUCGCAUUUUUGUAGAGCAUACAACUUAAAAAAAAAAAUGCCCAGCACUCAAACGCGUGAUGCGUUUAUUAUCUGCUGACAGAUCCAUAGGUGUUUAUGGGAGAUUUUAAAGACAGUACAAGAUGUGCAGGGGGAUGCAAGUAGAGACCAAACAGGCAAUGGCUUUUUUAAGUCUGUAGCAGAUUUAAUGGAUGGGCGUCUGGUCCAUACGCUUUUUUCAGUUGUCUUGCAGCAAAGGUCAAAAGGCGUUGAAGGUGGGUUAUAAAAAUGACAAGCCAAUGAGCGCGUUCAUUGCGCGUGGGAAAUUCCCGAUGAAGAAAUAGAAUUCUUUAGGACUGUUAGGACCAUUAGGACCGUUAGAUUUAUUGUUUUUUUUUCUGUUUUGUUUAGAUAUUUUUCUGUUUUUUCGUUCUUGUUCAUUUUAUUGUUUUUCUACUUACACGUUUGGUGGGAGAGCACACGGGUACAAGUUAGCUACAGCCGUGUUAAUCAUCCCUACAGUUUUCACUGUGCUGAAUACGUGCAAUAGCUUGUAACAAUCCAAAUUUAACUAUACCUGUAGUUAUACCUUCUUCAUAAUUAUUUGUAUUUACUUGUAUUUACUUGUAUUAGAACUCAGUCUACCAGGGGAUGUCAUCACGGAAGUAGAAGAUGCGUGGAAAAAUGUUGUAGAUGUUGUUAACAGGUCAUGCGGUUCCCAUUCCCUUGAGGCCGAGUUUUUUCCCUUUGCCGAGGAUUUGGCAGAUUUUCAUGUGGCAGUUGGUGAGAAAUGUUUCCACCAAAUUCCUAUGUGCGAAUCAAUUUACUAAUUUAUACAUGUCCUUUACUUAAUUUAUCUCUACGUUCUCUAAUUAAAGGGCUUGUUUUUCGUUUCAUUUGGCAUGGAUUGUGAAUUUUCCCUCUUUACUCUUCUUUCGAUUAUGGAAACAUGGUUUAACCUUGUUUACUUCAAUUACUGAAUUAUUUUUUUUUCGCAGUGUUGCACGUAAGAGACAAAAAAGUCUUGAAAAAGUCUUACUAGGACUUUUGAAGUCAAUCUAAACUGAACAGGACAAAACAAGUCAGAUAUUGGAUCAUUCAAAUAAAUAAGUUAAAUAAUACGCCAUUUUGGCUCUUUUCCCACAAAAAGAAGUUAAACAUCCGUUUUUACAGCUGUAGGCGAGAUAGUUUCAAUUAAUUUUUGAAAAUUGAAGCAUUAAUUUCAUAUUUUUGAACCGCCAAAUCAAGGGACGAGAACUGAAAACAUUUAGGGGCUCAUUUUUUUCUACUUCAACAGUUUCGGUUGUACGUUCUGAUGCAAACUCCACCAUGAAACUUAGGCGACUUACUGAGGUGCAAAGUGAUCUUGUGAAUGACUAUGCUGGAGAUAUUCGGACAGAAAUUAACGCCAUGUCAGAGUAAGAUAAUAAAAAGCUAACGCCUUGUCUUUCAUGUGGCUUUAUGCUUGGUUUUUCCUCGUUGGGGGAACUUGUUAAGUCUGCGCGACUCGUCCUUGUCCAUUUGUGUCCGUGUGGCUUACGACUGCAAUUUAACAAAGUUAAACGAGAUGCACAGUUUUCAAAACCGUGAAACAUUUUGUUGUUGUUAUUCAUUGUUUUAGUUUUUCUAUUUGUCAUAUAAAUGAAUACAAUUGGAAUGCUAAUUUAAGCACGGUCAGGCUCGAAAAAUCCGACGACAUCUCGUAACUAAGAGAUUUGUCGUGCUUCAGAAACCUUUCCCCUUUUAAUAUCAACUACGAGUUCAGGAAGUUUCCAAGCAUUCCAAAAGGAUGCAAGACUAACUGAAUUGACGAGUUUCGUCAAGCGAACUCAACAGAAACCCUGAAAACGAUUUGUUAUUUUAUUUUAUUAUGCAGUUUUUUCUCUCUUUUUUUGUAAUAUUAUUUCAUGCCUGGUUUGUUCAUGCUCCGCAGAGAAAUGAGUGAUGACGAAGUACCCAAUGUUGGCCGAGAAUUUGAUGAACGAUAUCACUGGCAUUCUCUUAAGCCUCUUUCUGAUGAUUACGACAGAACAAAGAAAUCUAUUACUGGUAAAUACCCUCAAGCUUAUUAAGAUUGAAAGUUAACCAGCAAAGAACUGUUUUCACAGUAUGAAAUCGCAGCACAUCUUUAAAUUAUAUUGUCAAUACAUCUCUUUUCAGAAAAACCUCCAAAAGAUCGUAGGCAAAAGAAAUGGUAUUUUCAAGAUAAGCAGAAAUAUACUCUCUUUCAAAGAUUCUACGGCGAUUCACUUGUUGGUGGCGCUGAUCAACAAAAAACAAUCGUUGCCCAAAAGUCAGGGUCAAGAAAAAAAAAAGGGGAAAGAGAGGAACCUAAACAGGUUAGUUUUGUCAGGGAGAAUAUUAUAAAAGCCUCUAAAUCUUAAAAAUAAAGUCCUUCAUUAAAAUUUCUUAUACAUUGUUGGGACGUUUGAUUCGAAUAAGAUAUGAGAUAUUUCGGAUGUUUUGCAUGAUUUUUGUGCUCAUUUGUUUGUUUGGGUUUUGUUUUGUUAGUUUGUUUGUUUGAGGGAAAAUGAUAUUCACCCUCACUGGGAAUGUAGAAUAGCCAAUUCAUUGGAUUUAUUUGAAGAGUCUACUCGACAAUCACUUCGAAAUUCCAGUCCGGAAAAAGGUGUUUCCCGAACUUGUCUUAAGAAACACGCUCACUUUCGUUUUUUUUUACAGAGCAAAAAGACUUUGGAAAUGAAAGAGAAAAAUCUUAAAAAUAUCACCGGUAAGUCGUUUAUCUAUAGUUGUGCCCAUAAAAAGGAUCAUGUCCAUGAAAUAUCAUCACUUUUAUGUGUUUCGUAACUGUUUCGCUGUAUUACUUCUAUGUGCCAUAGACAAGGAACCAGUGUAAUAAGAUAACAAGUACGGAGCUGAUCUUUUCUAGUUUACUGAAAUUGCGCCGAUGGAGAAUUACGGAAGAGAAAAAAUUCUGGCCUCCACGGUAAUUAAAUGAAAACUGUGCCUCUGUGCCUCUGUGCCUCUGUGCCUCUGUGCCUCUGUGCCUCUGUGCCUCUGUGCCUCUGUGCCUCUGUGCCUCUGUGCCUCUGUGCCCUGUAUAUCUGAGGUUAAAUAUCCUGGGUAAAAAUACUUGUGCUCUCGCAAGGGAUGCUUGUUUUGUAACCAACAUGAUCAAGACGUUAAUUUCAAUAAAAAAAAGGAUUGAAAUUUAUUUCACAUUUUUUUUUUAACAGAGCAAAGGGAAUCGGUAAAUCAAGAAAAAUGGGAUAACAUUUUGAGAAAAAUCGAAACGAAUCUGAGGGGAGAUGACUUCAGUAAUGUUCUUGAAUUGGUUGAUAAUUAUCUGUUAGACUGCAAAUCUCCGGAAAUUCGUCUUCACGCGCUCAUGACAAAAGUGGACUGUUGCUUUGAAGCCUGGAAACAGACAAGUAAGUCUAAGUAAAACGUAGUGUUUUCACAAGACAUUACGGUAGGUAAAUUAGGGAGGGGCCUUGUGCAUGUUGGUGUUCCAAGUCAGUUUUCUGGGAUCGGAACUCUUCUUUUCGAGUAAAUCCCAACAAUUCUUUUAAUAAAUUUACCUGCGACUUAAAACGCGAUUGAAAAUGCUCUGUUGAGAGAACAUGGACGGGAUUCAAAAGUAACAAAUCUAAGGGUGCGUUUGCGCGACAAGGAUAAUAAAGUUACACUGCAAUUUAACAAAUUACCAUUUUUCUUUUCUAGGAGAUGCUGACCCAGAAUCUAAUGAUUUGAAAUAUCCUGUACUUUUGAUGGAAAGUGUCCAUAAAAUUUCUCAAGACUUCCCAAGUGUUCUGAAUGAUGAAGACAGAAAGAAACUUGCUGGAAUUAUGCAAAAGUUGGGAUUUUACGACCUUGUUCCUUUGUUUUAUGAGAUGCCAUUAGAUCACGAGAGAAAGGUAAACAAAUACCAUUCCACAUCAACUAUUCCAAGUUUACAAGUUGCUCAAAAUAAUGUGGUCUUAAUUAACAGUCUUACUCUCAUUAUAUUUCAAACGACUCUUUGGACCUUGUUUUAUGUAACAAAUCACGAUUCUCAUCGACACCACUAUACACUAUAUAUCGUGCAAAGUUACAAUUAUACACAAUAAAAGUUACUAGUGAAGAAAUGAUCAUCGGAGGUGAACUGCAAUAAAGUAAAUUACAGGAAAGAAGCCUAUAGCGGGACAUGUGACAUGUGAAUGAACUUGUUUGGGAAUAUCAAAAAAAAUUUGCUUACAUAGUUCUUAACUCUUUAUAAUAAUGUUAAUAAUAUCUUCUAAAGAUAUCCUUUUGUCCAAAGAUAUUGUUAAAGAAAAUAGUAAUGAGGACUGAUGAAGUAAGGAUGAUGAAUACCUCAGAAUUAUAAGUCAGAAAUGUAUUUUGAUCCUAGACUGAACGGCUUUUUGUUCACACCACAAGCACCAGAUUCCAACUUGAAUACAUGGGGCAUUUGCUGAAACGGGAAGUGAGAACCGAUCCGGACCCUCGGGUUAAACAUUUUAUUCCGGAUACAUGGCAGGUAUAUAUUUAUAGACAUAUUUACCAUGCGUAAUGGACGAUAUGCUCAUGCUUGAAACAUUAAUAAUAGUUGUAAAAGUCAUGGUAAGUUCCCUUCCGAGGCCGUUUGUUGGUAUCAUUUUGCGCAAAGUUAGGAAAUUUUCUAGUUUAAUGCCGGAGUGUCUUUUGUUCAUUUCGAAGCGCGAACUUCUCGAUGCUGUCGAUAACAAUGAAUCAGCUGUGAUAGUAGCACCAACUUCUUCAGGAAAGACUUACGCCUCCUACUACUGCAUGGAGAAAAUUCUGAGGCAAGACAAUGAUAGUGUAGUGGUUUAUGUCGCACCGACAAAGGUAAAGUGGCAUUCUUUGGCAUUUCCUUUCUGUAAGUAAACAAUCCCGGCCUAGUUAUGUAUCGUGGCGGGGUUCAACGAAAAGUGUGCUCUAAACACCAUGUAAUUAAACAUAUAGAAAUGUUUUACUCACCAAAUUUCGAGAAUUCAAAAAAUAUACAAUUGAAUGACCUUACCUUUUAAAAUUGUCUCUAAAUGGGCCUAAAACUCGACCGUGGGCUAAAAACAGCUUAAUAAUUUGGCCACUUACGCAAAACAGUACCACGCCUUUCACCAAUAUAUACUGUAUGGUUGUCGCUGAAAAAAUUUUUUGAGUUAAGAUUACAUAUUGGUGGAGCUCUCAAAUUUACAAAGAGAGAGCCAAUAGGUGGAUUGAAGGAAAGCAGCCAGGUUGGUAAGCAAGAUUCAGAAUGUGGCCUCCGUGGUUUAGCACAUUUAAAUGCAAGAUGACGAGGUGAGGCAACUCAUUGAAGUUUCAUAACGCGAUCAGCGGCAUAAUUUCUUUAUGUAUUUUAUUUGUGGAGGGAAACUUUACACGUUUCCUGGUGCAUUUUUUUCCUUUAAAUUCUCAAUGGCUGAAGAGUCCACUUCAUCUGAACGUGCUUCAAAGCCCAAAUACUCACCUAAACCUCAGCCAAAAUUUGUCUGGGUCGUUGAGGUUGAAUAACAUCCACCAGUAUGUGUUGUAGAGAAGCUAUCCUUAUUUAGUUCUGAUCACUGUCAACGAAGCCAACAUUUUGAUACCUACUGUUUCAUUUUUAUUCAUUUCUCGGCUUGAUCAAAUUUUGGAUAGCCGUGUAAGAGUCAACGAGAUCCCAUUUCAGUUUUGAACCCAUGUAGAAUAAUUUUAAAGAAACAGCAAGACAACCUUGUUGUCUUAUUUUAUUUAUUGUAUCAUUAGGAUUACUAAUCAGUUCUUACUGUCCCUUAAGGCUUUGGUCAAUCAAGUCGUUGCUACAAUUUAUGCGCGGUUUACAAAAAAGAUGCCUGGUGGGAGAUCAGUGUUCGGUGUUUUUACGAGGGACUAUCGUCGCGACACACUAAAUUCUCAGGUAACUCGAAAUUAAUUUGAAAAUCGGUAGGCUUAGUAACUUUCGUUUUCCCCCGGAUCAACUCAUCUUUUCUGCAAAAGUAUGAGAAAAUGCCUUAGAUCUCACUGGCUUAGAAACUUACAAUUGUUGGGUAAAUACUUUUAAAAUUUAAUCCUAAUACAGAAUGAGAUUUCAAAAGUACCUUACUGUUUGCCAAUUUACCUACAGAUUCUUGUUACAGUCCCCCAGUGUUUGGAGAUCCUCUUUCUCUCUCCGCGCCGACAGGAUUGGAUUAGGAACGUAAAAUACGUUAUUUUUGAUGAGGUAAAAGAGCAUCAUAUCCUUUUUUUGCCACGUCAACAAGUGAAUAUUUGUUGAACAUGCAGUUUCGCUGAGUUUCUUUGUUCAAUUAAGUAGAUGAGUUUAUUGAAAAAGCUAUUCAAGGCUACUUCUUACAUGUCUGUUUCCUUUGUACUUCGUGUUUAAAUUGAGUACUGUUUCAUUAUGAGCUGUAGUUUCAUUAACUAAGUUAUGGAACAAUUUGCCCUCUCAAGUAUAUCUCUCAAGGGAUGGAAAUGACUUUAAUAGUAAAUUGUAAGACUGCAGCUCUUAGAACGUGUCUUAUAGUCUUCUCGUCAUGUUUUUAGCUAUCUUAUGGUUUUUUUAGUUUAGGAUUAAGCUUUUUUUAUAUUUUACGCAUUUAUUGCUAGUUGUCGUAUGUUGACUAAGUUGUUUUAAGAUGGUGUGAUAUUAUAUGUUAGCUCUAAUAUGUAUAGAUCUUAUUUAUACACGUUCUUAUUUUGAACGAAUUGUUAGCUCCUCGACGAAACGUGUUAAAAUAAAUAAUUGAUUGAUUAAUUGAUAUUAAAUUAUCUAUUUUUACCCUUAUCCGCAAGUGUAGAAUUUAAGGGAAAUAAUUCAGACUGAAGUAAAUUCUAUGACGCUCUACAUAGGUUCACUGUAUUGGUUCAGAAACUGGAGCUGAAGUGUGGGAGCAUCUUCUUCUUAUGAUUCGCUGUCCCUUCCUGGCGCUAUCAGCAACCAUUGGAAAUCCAGAGGAUCUAAGACUGUAAGAAUUGAAGAGAUAUCAGUUUUUCUCCUGAAGGCUUCUAUUGAACUACUGGAAGUAUCAUAUUUGCUAAGACUUUCUUUUUGAUAACAGAGAUUAAAAGUAUUCAUUUCCUUACGUACAGCUGGCUGCAAGCCGCCCAAGACUUUCAUGAAGAGCAGGACAAGAAAAACAAUGAAAAUCUGAGGGAGUCAUAUCGGGUCAGAUUAGGUGGGGAAAAAUAUUUUGUAAGGCUUAUCCUCGAGUGUCUUUUUACCUAUUUUUUUACCUAUUUUAAACUCAAAGCCAUUUCUAUUACUUUUUUUCGUGAGAUGUUUGUGACACGACGGUUCGCGAAGGUAUACUACUUCCUGUUAAGCAUAAAGUCGAUAAUUUUAUUUCUUUUAUAGUGACACACCAUAUCAGUUUUUUACUGAGGAACUUAUCUCUACUUAUUCCUAAUUUUUCAUUGAUUUCUUCUGAUUCCUUGCUUAUUUUUAAGUUCAAUUUGAAGAAAGAUACUCCGAUCUGGAGAAGAGCAUUUUCCUUCCAAGUCCUAAUAACGAAGGACAACAUGUUAACAACGACAGCGAGGAGUUCGUGGGACUUCAUCCAUGUGCCCAGCUAGGAUACAAACAGGUCAGGCGUUUGAUUCCUCUUUAGUACAUUCAAGAUUUGUAAGCUUUAGAAAAUCUUUACAGUGGCCAAUUUACAUUAUCACCUUAGCUGAUAAAACCAAAUUAUCUUGUUUUACUACCACUGACGCAGCACCACGGUUUCUGUAGAAGGUUACCCCCCUUUAUUCAAUAUUUUAACAGUUUAAUUUUAGUGACAUAAGACAAAAACCAAAGUGAACCAUAAGGUUGCAUUUCACCGAUGAAAAUAAUCGCGAUUACAUUGAUUUUCCUUCAGUCUACAGGUGGAAACUGCAUUAUUACACGUGUAAUAUUUUAUUCUUUUGUUUAUAAUAAUGCUUAUUAAAUAAUUUAAGUAAUGUGUUCUUUCUUUUGACAUCCGUUUAUUCGUUUGCCUUCAAUCUAGAUUCAAUUCCCAUAACAGUGUAUGGUUUUCUUCUUUGGAAUCGGGUUAUCCGUUUUAGUUCAUAUGCUAAGAUGAAUAUACUUACGGAGGACUAUACACGGGGAAAACUAUACACGGGAAGGACACACCCAUAAAUGAUGUCACCACCGACAUGUCGCUCAAAAAAAAAAUUCUAUGCUGCGAUGCAUCUGUACAGCCAUAGAUCACAGUAGACGUCAAAAUGUGGUAAGAGCAAAUUCGGCUGCACCUCGUCUGCCACUUUUUUGUUCUUGCCACAUUUUAACGUCAUCUGUGAUCCAUGAUUGAACAGACGCAUGGCAACAUGAAAUCUAUUUGUCAAGUUCAAAGGGUUUAGACGAAAAUCUAGGCGUUGUAAGUGUCGAGUUCUAUCUUGAUUCGUGUUUUGUCGGCAAAAUCCAUGGAUUUGUAACCCAAACGCUACCCUCCCUCUAAUUCGAGGUACUUACUUAAGAGUCUCACGAGCUAUUUUUCUUACACAAACAGCUUCUAGAAAAUGGUUUUCCAGGUGAUAUGGCACUUACACCAAAAGAGUCUCUGCAGUUGUAUGACACUAUGGUUAGUGUGUGGCCAGAUUGUGAAUCACUUCAGGUGAGUGCACUGGUCAUCACUAUUUCAAUCUUGUAAAUGCCGGUCGAGAGACAAUGGUUAAUGUGAGUAAAAUUUCUCUCGGCAGCAUCUUUGUCCUGAGACAUAUUUCAUGGAAAAUAAAUUGAUCCAAAAGCGUCAUGCUCGGCAAUACGAGAGUGACCUGAAGAGGGAGUUCAAGUCUUGGGCAGACAGCACAGAGUUGACAAAGGUAAAAACGUAGGGGUCGUGGGGUUCAUAUCCUGUACAUGGCUGCAUUUUUCAGGCUUUAUUUUCAGUACUGUUUGAUUAGUUUUCAUAACUGCACUGAUGUCUCUCAUUUUCAAUUAUUAAUCCGCAGUUUUAAAUAUAUCUUAUUCAUUGAGUGACAGUCGUUUUUUAUUUGUUUUGCAUUGUAUAACCAUGCUCAAAAACAAAUGGAAAAAAACAAUUUUUAACAAGCAAUAAAAACGAAACACGCACUUUGUAAGAUACAGGCUCUAGUUGUAUUGUGUAUUGAAUAGGAUCAUUGUUUUUGUUUUCUUAGGUUCAGUCAGUUAUUGAUUCUUUAAACUCAGUUUUUUUGGAAACUCAUUCGUCAACGGAAGAACGAUGGGGUGAACAGAGUAUGACUUCGUAUGGUAAAACAUUCAUAAAGAAAACUUUUGAAAAACUUAUCAACGAGCUCAAAGCCCAAGAGAAACUGCCUGCCUUGGUAUUUAGGUAAAUGAGAAUUGUUAAGAGUCAACUUUAAUGAACAACACUAGAUCUUACUUAACCCUCUAACUCCCAUGAGUGACCGAGAGAGAAUUUCUCCUUACAGUAUCAAUACAAUAUCAAGAAGACAAGUGAUGAGAAUAAAGAAACAUAUCGAUGACGGGACUCUUAGUUGAUCUAAUACCAACUUCUCUAAGCUAACAUUAUAAGAAUUGUAUGGCAGAUAAUAAGGAGAAUUACCUUGGGAGUGAAGGGUUAAUCAGUAAGCACGGGAAGGUUAGCACAAUGUAACGUUACACACUAAUGUGCGGUGAGAAAGACACAACUAAUUUCAAAGGUUUACUACAUUUGAAAGGUAGUAAACCGAUAAGUUGUUCACGAGGCCAUUUCAUAAAUAUUUAACCAGAGAUAUUAUCAUUUUCUUUUAAUUUGGAAAAGCCAGCGCACCCCUUCUCUUUGUUCAAAAAGGAGAAAAGCUUCCGGUAGAUUUGUUAGUUUAUCAGGACUACGCAUAUGGAACGCGUUAAAUGAAUGACGAAAGCCUGAAUUUUCCAGCAAUUUUUGCGACAAGUCCAUAAUUAUUCAUCGUGGUAAAGCACACUGAUCAUGAAAUAUUGAUGUCUGCCCACGAUGUAAUAAUUUCUGAUGUGGAUCGUAACUGUAUGUUACAUUUAACUGUUGGUCUUUGUCAAGCGUAAAGGUCAACUUGAUGAGCAUCAGCUUUUCAAACACUGACCAUCGCUGUGAUAAUUUGGCUUUCAACCGCUACUUUGGAGGCUCUCCUGUUGUUGUGUUUUUCGUUAUUUUGUUUUGCGGGGCUUCCAUCUAUCUUGGAUAACAUUUCAUUAACUCUUUAAACCCUAAGAGUGACCAGCAUCUAAUUUCUCCCUACAAUAUUACUCCUGAAUCACGCACUAAGGUCAUAAGAGUAAAGGAAAUGGUCGCUAGGGAAGGAACCCUUUGAUUGGCAAACAAAUUCUCCUUGUCAGCAACUUAGGAAAUGUUUAAAGAACAGUGUGGAGAAUUGGCGUACUGAUGUUACGUUGUAAAGGGUUAAUAAGCGAAUAUUCGUUCACUUUAAUGCCCCGACAGUAAGUGGAAAAAGAAGAAAAUCCAAGUGUCAAUGUUAAGAUAUGUAUAAUUCUUCUUCAUAGCGAUGAUCGUAGACUCUGCGAAGUUUUGGCCCUCGGUUAUGCUCAGAAACUAGAAAACAAGGAACUAGUUAUGCGAAGAGAGGCCGACACAAAAGAAUCAAGACUUGCACAGAAAAGACAAGAAAAAGCUGAAAAAAAGUUGCACAGAAAAAGAGAUGAAAUACAGAAAGAAGAAGAGAAAAGGUUCAGUGAUUCGGUCUGCCUUGACCGAUUUAUAGUCAUGAAACUACAGUUGUGUGGAACUUUUGUGACCUGCCUUUUUCCUUUUAGUACAUUUAUUGUUCAAUCUUUUAUUUGGACGGUUUUCCGAAGUAUUUUUUUAAGUUUUAGGGUGUUCUUCUAUAGCAGAGCUUGAGUUGUUGUAUAUUAACUUCUUACUAACCGAGUGUGAAGGUCGGACGGAGGAAUAUUGGCCCGAAGGCGUGACAAUACGUACAAAAACGACUGAGGGUCUUGUUUUUGUUGUUGCUGUUUCUUUUGCUUGUUUCCUAUUGCUUUUACAUGGUAUAACUGCUCUCCAAACAGAUUAAAAAGCCAACCGGAUGAGCGAGAUGAGAGUGUUUCUAUUUCAGCCGUGGAUAAAAUUCUACUCAAGUGCUCAUUGGCAUUUACAUUCGGGAUUGGAAGAAAGGUAGGAAGCAAAGGAAUGUUGUUUCGAUAACAAAACCGGUGUUUUGUGACUUUCUUUUUUUUGCCCAGAGGAUCUAUUUUUGAGUUUACUUCUUUAAAUUGCAAACCAGAAUGCUGUUUUUUCGGAACAAUGGAACAACUCCAUGUCGUGAUUAUGAAAUGCUAGCGGUAGUCAAACAAAGAUGUCCUCUUGCAGGAGCUAAAUGCCACUGAACACAUUUGAAAAAAGCAAUUAUUUGUGACGCACCUAUCAAAAGAGGCAUUAUGAAGACAAUUAGACAAUUUAAUUGAUAAAAUUCAUUUGUAGGAUUACGAAAAGAUAACAAAGAGAAUCUCGUACAUCCCUGACAAAUCAUUAUUUAAGCGGGCUCUAAAACGAGGAAUCAGCUUUCAUCAUAGUGGAUGUAAUGCGAAAAAGCGCUCCGUGGUGGAAAUGUUGUUCAGAGGCAAAUACCUUCAGGUAAGAUUCCAUUAGUUGUAUGUAAACUGUUAAAAAGUCACAUAUUUAGGUGUACUCGCGAAAGCGUUUUGAUUUGGAAUAUUUCGACGUAGAGUAUGAUUCUAAAUGAAGAUUUACACCUUAAGGCUGAGUGUAAACGAUGAUCCUUAUUGAAGGGUGUCUCCCUCGUAUCCACUCAUGGUAUCAUCCUCAGAAUUUGAUUAGGCUUUUCGGUAGAAAAUGUAUAUUCAAGCAAACCUUUGAGAACCAAUCAUGCGAUUGGGCACACAGUUUGAGAUCUAGUAAAUCGCAUUACAGUAUUUACUUACCUUUUUAGGUGGUUAAUUCAACUGCAACGUUGGCUCUUGGUAUUCACAUGCCUUGUAAGACAGUCGUGUUUGCCGGAGACUCGCACUACUUAAAUUCACUGCAGUACCGGCAGGUAAUUGAGUGGGACAUAUCUAACUUAACUCAUGGUCAGUUCUCGCUGUUCGAAAUUUCUCUAGUUCGGCGUUUCCGUGAUUGUUAGCGAUUUUUUAAAUUGUUCUUUCGAUGUAUUUCUUUCAAUCCCUGCAUAGCAAAACGCAGGGGUUUCUAUGAAAGUCGAUUACCGGCGGUCUACUGCCGCCUAUAAAACCUUUCACCGCCGUCUGUUUAGUCUGCGAGUAGGCUCUCGUGUUCAUCACAGCCAUCGAGAGUCGUUUAAGGGAAACGUUUUUGAAACCUCUGCAUAACGAGGUUCCCUUAACGCAUGCGGUGAAUAGGCUUCACAGCGUCCAAUACACAUGUAUAUAUCGAAUGCUUGAAGGAUAAUUUUUGACACGUGCCACUGAACAAUCUUUUCCGUGAUAGCUGUAAUACUAUUGCUAAUACCACGAGUGUGAACCCAGGGCUUUAUUUGUCAUUUUCAGAUGUCUGGCAGGGCGGGUCGGAGAGGUUUUGAUCCCGUGGGAAAAGUCAUUUUCUUUGGAAUUCCUUACCGUAAAAUCCAACGCCUCAUGACUGCAAAUAUCCCGAAGCUUGUCGGCAACUACCCCAUCACUGUCUCACUGGUUCUGCGGCUGCUUCUGAUGACGACCCAAGCAGAUGACAAGAAAGAUGCUCUCACUAAGGUUUCGAAGGACUCUUUUGAAUGAAUUUUUAAUGGUUUCCUUUUUCCUUAAUAGACAUUAUGAUAAAAUAAGAUAAGUUACCUUCAGGCAGUAAGUGUGCCCUUUGCACUCGACUCACGCUUGAUUAGAAAGCCUAUUUUUGCCGAUAUAGCUAAACUAUGAAAAAAUAAGUUUCUGCUGCGUCAUUGUUCUGCGCAGGAGAUACUCUCAACCUAAUUGAAUACAAAUACUUCAUAAUCAGAUUAAGACAAGAGAAUUAACAAUCACGACUUUUACAUGUGUUUACAAUGUUGAGCGUAUUAGAUGUACUCGCACAUCCUUUUUUUAUUAGGCCCUAGCAUUGCUGUCUCAUCCUUUUAUUUGCCAAAAGUACCCGCAAAUGGAAACCCAGAUCAAGCUACAUUUCCUCUUCAGCGUUCAACUUUUAACUAGAUUGGUGAGUAGUACGACCAAAGGUUUUCUAUAUCUCUAGUUGAUACAUGAGUCAUUGAAAACGUUUUGCCUUCACAGUAUUAUCCUUUCUGUAUAUUUGGUGAGGUGUGGUCUCUCACAGGAGUAGGGAGAGGAUUGCCUGGGCUUUAGUAAGCUUAGCACACCAUAAUUUGAUCUCGUUACGUGACAAAUCAACAUCUAGUAAAUGGAAUUUCAAAGCCAGGCGAAAGCUUGCACGAAGGGAUUUAUAACCAAAGUCUUUAAUCACUCGUUCGUUUCCAGUCUCUUAUAAACAAAGAAACCGGAGCUCCACAGGAAAUGGCCGGACUGGCGACCCAUCUUCACUACCAUGAACCCUCCAAUUAUGCCCUCAUCAGUUUUCUACAAUGUGGUCUCUUCCACGAGCUAUGUCAGCCAGGGACAAACGGUAAGCCCGCAGCUCCUUUCAAACUGAACGACUGAUUAGCAAGGUGACACUUUUUUAAAGCUUUUUGGAAGGAUCACACUUUUCAGACGCUAAGAGAAAACGAUUCCUUAGCAAAUGAUUUUAUGUAAAAUCAUAAAAGAAGGGGAAAAUUUCUCCAACUAGAGAGAAAUCGAGUUGUCCUGCCUGGUCGUUUUUUAAUCCAAACUGUGGUCUUUGUUCGCCCUUGCUGCUUACCUUUCACCAUUACAGUUCCUCUCUGAACUUAACAAUUGUGCAUAUAUCAAUUUUUAUUGGCAAAUGUUGUAUACACCUUAUAACAAGAAGUGGCCUCUAACAACACAUAUAAUGAGAUGCUUUGUCACCUGCCUCUGGGUUAUCGCGAUGGGGUAACAAAGGAGGCCCGGGAAACAUAUUAGGAAGUAAGGUCGCUUGGCUUUAAGGGACCUCUUUACAUUGGUUGAUAAGUCUACUCUCGAUUGGCCCACAAGGCGCCACACUUUACUUCGGAUUUGUUUGUAUAGGGUGCAUAGGACGAUUACUAAUCCUCCCUAGGUGGAAUGUCUAUCCACUAAAGAUAAUUCGCAGCUUCCCUGACAGCUCUACGCUAAUCAGAUAUACUUCCGGGGGGGAGAGAGGUAUUGUGAGGAUAAAGUGUCUUGUCCAAGAACUCAACACUAUGACCCAACCAGGUGUCGAACCCACACCUCUUUACCCAAAGUCUAGUGCGUUCACCGUCAGUCCACUGCGCCUCUGAUUUAAUCUGGAGGGUCUUUUUUAACUAUACUGUUAACGCCGGCGUAUUUCUCUUUGGCAAACUUUGCAUCCAUACUUCGCGUUAAUUAUGCUUUUUUUUACUGUGACAGGUAAAUUUUCUGAAGAUGUUAUGAGGAAAAUGGUGCUUGUUCUGAGCCACUUAUUUGGAAGAACUUAUGUUCAUCCCUCGAUCAUGCUAAGGACACCAUCCUCUUCAAAAGUAAGCAUACCCUUCCCUUGGAUGAUCUACUGGUCUAUUCUUAAAAUUGAUUUGUUGUAAAGCGCGAAUUGAGGAGGGGUUCAUCUUGAAAACGAAUUUAGUUUCGGUGCGUUAUUUUGUACUUACCCACGUUCUCAAAAAAGUGCUCUAAACAGCGCUUCUUUAAAAGUUUCAUUUAAAGUCUUUGGAGGUGGUCGUGAACUUUGUGAAGGAUAUACAAUGCACUGGAAAAAAAACUGAAACCAGCUUUACCAAAACGAAUGAAUUUCUCUCUCGCACGUCAAAAUAGCUUUUAUAACGCGUGACUGCUAAGCGUCUUGAGUGUACAAAUCAUGAAAACGUUUGGAUUUUGGACUAAAUGCAGGUCAUUUUGGAGGAUCUCCCGGAUGAAUUUGUCAAGGCAGUCAAAAGCUACAACCGUCAAGUCACCGAUGUGUUUAGUCAGUACCUUGCCACAGUGGCUCAGUGGCUGGAAAAAGACAGAGGAGAGGAUAACAAACUCCCUUUAUCAGGAAUAGGUGAGAAUUAUUUGAUGUGCAUUCUUGUUUGCAUGAUUUUGAUACUUGCUUGCACAGUAAAUUGAAAUAUAUAUUCUGAGAAAAUGUCACUUUGAUAAAGGGAUUCCAUGUUGCCGUGAGUCUGUUCAUCUGUUCAGUAAUAAAUUACAGAUGAGAUCGAAGUUUGGUUAGAGCAAAAAUGUGGCACAAGAAGCGCAGUCCAUCGAGAGUCACUGAUGUCCUGACCACGUUGUGAUCUCAUCUAUGAUCUUUCACUCGACAGAAGUACGGAGACUUGGAAUCUGUAGCGUUUCUUUCGUAUCAUGAAUAAAAAAAAGCGAGUAGUGAUUUGAUCAGUACGUCUGUCCUCCUAUAGAUCAAUGAGAACAACUCAAAACGCCUGUAUUAUUCAGCUUAUUUAUAUUUGAAUCAAAACAUGUAUUGAUCGCUGAAUACAUUCGAACUAUUUCUGUCGCAGAAUUUCCGAAAAAAGCCAGCAUUGAUGACAUUGACGAGAACGAUAUGAUCAAAGUCCUUGCGAACUCUUCUAUACAGUAUUCGGCUUGUUCCUCGUUCGCUGCGCUAUCAGGAAAUACAGAAUUCCAAUUACAUCCUUCAAGCCAAAGAACGAAUGGCCAAAGUGAAGAUGAGGUUAACAGUGAUGAGGAUGAAUGCGAUGAAGAGCCACUUAAAUAUCUGCUCACGGUGAAAAAUGAUCCUUUCUUUAGCUAGUCUUUAGUCUCUCUUGGGGCUCUUUCUAAGCACAGUAUCAGGACAAAAUGUCUCCACAAUCUUUAAAAUACCCCUUUCACACAAGCAAAACGUGUUUAGUUGAACCGGGUUUAAUUGAAUGAAAAUUAGAUACAGAGAAAUGAAAAGCUGAAUUUUCCAUAGCUAGGUUUCAAGUAGUCACUAACUUGUAUUUUCAACGUCCCAAACUUGAAGUAGAACACUGGUUUUAGCAGCUUCUAUAACGAAAACAAUUUAAAACCGUGUUUGAAACAAAAAAUAGUUUUAAAACAUGUUUAAGCAUUAAUGUGAAAGCAGUAUUAGGUUUAUUGGUAACACUCUGCCUUGAAAGGAAUCAUUUAUGGUAUUUAAAACGAUUCGCCAGGCCCCAAUUUUGUCGUUCGCUUUUUCAAGAGCUAAAAAAAAUCUUUGAUCCUCUCUAAUUUUUGAUUUACAACGUAAUUAAAUGACCCUCUAUAUUUUUUUUGUGUUGUUUAGAUCAUUCGUCAAGGUGUCUACACUGAUAUGAAUCUUGUACCCAUUCUCCCAGUCAAGAAUACCCUGCCCCUGAAUGCUUAUGCUUUGGACUUUUUCAAGCAUGGAUCCUCCACAGUCAUUGCGAAAGAAAACGGGUAAGAGAAUAACAAAGUUUUUUUUACCCAAUGUGCUGGGUAAACAUGCUGUAAAUAAGCAUCAGUCUUCCUCCAUUUGAACCGUUCUUUUCCUUUUAGUUAAUCUUAUUUUUAAAUUUCCUCACGUGAAAUUGUUAGAUUACAAAAAAUUGUCAAUUUUGUUUAAGGUACUCUCCUCUUGCUAGGUAGUUUUUUCAUUCCCAGAUCUCUUUGAAUCUUGUAAAACAUUGGCUUUGAGUUUGACCAUGUGCACUGAUUUCACAGAAUGCAAGCUGGCGAUGUCUUCGAUGCUCUCAAGGAGUUUUACCUGACUAUCAAGUCAAUCAGGUAAUUCUUGUUAAUUUUUAGAGAAGACGCUGGGUUCAAAAAGGUGACUGUAUUGUGAUGGAACACUGUCCAGGGUAUUAAACAAAUGCGGAUCUAUAUAAGGUUUCCUCAUUAUAGCUUGUGCAUACAUCUAUUGCACAUUAAAAAGUGGCUAAAACAUAGCUUUGUUGACGUUGCCAUGUCAGCCAUCAGAGCUUUAGUUUUUUCCCUUUUUUAGUCCAGGAAUUACACACUGCAGAUUUAUUUCCAAGUAUGAUUUUAAAUUUCAGCACUUAUUGUGGAAUGUAAACUAAUUUUCCUUUACCACAAAGCCUCGCAAUUUGAAAGAAAGUGUAGCUUUUUUACCAUUAGUAAUGUACACAGUUCAGUGACACUUCACAAUUACUGUUGUUUGAUAAAGUUACCAGGAAAAUGACAUGUUUAUAUUUUCUUUUUUGCAGUUGUUCACUGGAAGAGCUCAGUGUCUAUCCUGAAACUGACAAUGUAGUUUUGGCUUUUAAACAGCUGGCACAGGAGUACGGGGAGAAAUUCAAAGAGGCGUUUGACCAUGAGGCAUAGGAAGUUGCGAAUUCUCGUGUUCAACUCGACAUCUGACUCGUUUCGCUGCGCUCACUAGUGAGCUAUUGAGUUAAACACUCGAAGAGAAAUUCCUUAUCUACGCGCGCCCAUGUAUUAUUCUCUAUUUGUUUAUGACUUAUUUCUUCGGGAAAAUCCACAAUGUUUUAGAUCACCAACUUCCGGUUAUUCUGUGAAUGCUACGCAAUGGCAAGGACAACAGAU